AUGAGCGUUACUUCCGACAUCACUCUCUAUACAGACAACACCCCCAACGGGGCCAAACCGCCCAUCCUCCUGGAAGAGCUGGGUUUGCCCUACAAGCUGGAGCAUCUGUCGAUCCAAUCCGGCAGACAUAAGGAAGAGUGGUACCUCAAAAUCAACCCCAACGGGCAAAUCCCCGCCAUCACGGAUGGCCAGCAGCGCGUCUUCGACAGCGGCGCCAUCCUCGUCUAUUUGGCCCAGCGGUACGAUACGGAGGGCAGAUUCAGCUACGCACCAGGUACUUCCGAGUACUAUGAGCAGUUGAGCUGGAUCUCGUGGCAGAUUGGUGGUCUGGGACCCAAGUCUGGCCAAGCCCUCGCCUUCGCAGCCUUUGCCCCGGUGCGCUCCGACUACGCAAUCGAAAAGUUCCUCGCCGAAACCAAGAACCUCUUGGGUGUCCUGGAGUACCGCCUCAAGGAAUCUCCCUACCUCGCCGGCGACAAGUACACGAUUGCCGACAUUGCUUCCUUCCCGUGGGUGUUUCAGGGAGCUGAUGCGUUGGACAUUGAUCUGGCCGAGUGGCCGCAUGUGAAGAAGUGGGUUGAGAAGAUCGGUCAGAGGCCGGCUGUGCAGAAGGGGUUGGCGACGCCUACGCCGCCCUUUACGGCUGAUGAGUUUAGGGCGUUUUGUAGGGCGCAGAGGGCAGCUGUGCUUGCGAAGGAGAAUACCGAUAAGCACUGAGCUGGAUAUGGCCCGAGUAAAGGGAUGAAUAGAGGAACAGAUUGAAGGCUAGAUAGGCAGAAUGUGAACCAAUUUGG